AUGGCUGAGGCUUUCACGGAAGACGACCUCGAGAAGACAGAUGCCUCGCUGCCACAUGUGGAGAAGCGAAUCCGGAUGUCCGUUUGCAUGGAGAUCGUGAGGACCUAUGCCAAAGAUCAGGACCAACAGGUUCGCUCUAUCGUAAGCGAUCUUGCUGAUGAGCUCAGUGAGUUCAGCGCCAAGAACUACAUCUUUCACAGCUGGCUUGCCAACUGUUACCACUCCAUCCGGCAGCACGAAGUGCGAGCUUAUGGACUGCAGGAGCUUUCUGCACCACGCCGCUCUUCGCUGCUCCGCCUACCUGGUCCACUGCGGCUAAGCUCCGGGCAGCUCGAGGUUCUAAAUGAGCUCCUGAGGGAGGAGGGUGCACUGGAACCGGAGGUUGAGAUCCUCGGAGUGAAACUGUCAUCAGUCGGUGUCAGUGCAGCUGUCGCGGCUUCCGGGCUGAGUGCCAUAGGCUUUGCCGCCGUAGCAUGGCGGCUGCUGCGCUCCGGCACAACUGCGCAAGCGUCGUCCGAUCGCACGAAGAAGCCAAGAUCCGAGUGCGAGAACAUCCUGCUGAAGCACAUGGACUUGCCCGUGGAAGAGAACAUCUUCAAGCUCUGCGACUUCGGGUUUGCGGCCCAUGACAAAGGCGAUGGGCUCAACGACCGGCUUGGAUCACCCGACACUGUUGCACCAGAAAUUGUGGUCGGCACCAAGUAUAGCAUGCCCGUCGACAUGUGGUCCGCAGGCGUGCUGAUCUACAUGAUGCUGUCAGCAGCUCCACCCUUUUAUGCCACUACAGAUUCUGAGGUGUUGCGCAAAGUGCGCACCGGCAGUUACAACCUCUCGGGUGAGCCGUGGGACAGUCUUCCUGCUCCACCUAAGAACUUGAUCGCGUCGCUCAUGACGGUUGACCCGAAGUUGAGACCUACAGCCGACCAG